AUGACUAUGAAAGAUCCCAACUCCCGUUCUGGGCAGAAUGACGCCCAACUCGGACCCUUUGGCUAUUCGUUUUUAUCGCCCAUGGACACCCCAUACGAACCUGCACCCGCGCCACCUCCGGGUCCUGCACUUCUUGAUGACAAUGAAUCAAACAUGCUGGAUAAUUUCUUCACUACGAUGAACUCGAGUCAUUUCACAGAUGAUUUCUGGCUGCGUAACCAGCCCAAUAAAUUCCUUGAUCCGGUUAAUUUCGAGUGGUCCACUGAACUGCCGCCUACGUUUGAAGGCUCUACUACUUCGCUCGGACAAUCGUCACUUUCCCAUCGAGGAAUAGAGAAACCUGGCAUCGUGCCGAAUAACCAGGGCGCGAACUCUGACAUACUUGCCGCGGCUUCCAUGCUCUAUCAGAACGGGAUGGCAGGGUCCGACAUCAACCCGGGAUUCGGACAGCAGCAAUUCCCAUCCAUGCCGGAGCUCAAUGUCAAUCACUCUAUUUCAAACGGUCACGGUAAGACUCAGCAGUCCAGCAACCACAUAUCUUCCAAACAGCCAAGCGCUUCCCAUACGCGUCUGCCUGUUGGCUUCCAUACCUCGGAGAUGCUAUUUGAUGUUCGGGAACCGAUUUCCCCCGAACAGCAAGCAUCAGCAAAGGUACGCCCACUCCACUGGGGCUCUGAUGUUAGUUUUAUGGACCAAGGUUACAUCGCGCCGCCUGAUCAGCCGAAUGAAGAAGAGCGAACAAAAGAGUUGCUUGGGAAUUUGGAGUGCCUUGAACCUCAAAGCAGCGCUGCGAAUACUCGAGCACCUAGCCCGGAGCGGACAGCAGGUGGUUACAACUCUCAUUGGGGAGAGUCCGGCGGGCCAGUUCCGCUCAACAGUCUACAAAGAGAAUACAACCACGCCCUAGAUGACUAUUCGCAACCCAAAAAAAGACAGAGGACUUCGAUCAAGCAAGAAGACGACGAGCAAUCCGAUGCAGAUAGCACGAGACCAAGAUCAAGACGGUCAAAGAGCUCGGCUAGUGGCAAACCAAGGCGAACAUCAAAUGACACAAUCCGAAAGCCCAAGCUGCAGCAAGGAGGAAAAGCUGCCCGUGAGAAUCUCUCAGAAGAGCAGAAGAGGAACAAUCACAUUCUGUCCGAACAAAAGCGCAGGAAUCUCAUUCGGCAAGGCUUUGAUGAUUUAUGUUCACUCGUGCCUGGGCUGAAAGGCGGGGGGUUUAGCAAAAGCGCAAUGCUCACGCAGGCUGCUGACUGGCUCGAGGAUAUUUUACGAGGGAACGAAAUUCUCAAGGCACAACUAGCAGAGCUGAAGACGAUGAACGGCUUAGUGAUGCCCCGAUGA